AUGCACUUCCCUGUGUGGAUCGAUUUGAAAGGACAAGAUAGUGUACCAGAGACGGUGCAUCAUGUGGUGUGUCAUGUCGAUCCGAUCGCAGACCAGUCGUGGAAAUCGCUGAUGCAAACCCGAAGGCAUAUUCAAACAGACGGGGUGCACAUGAAAGAUGGUUGUGGUCCAAACGACUCUUCUGCUGGACCAAGUCAUCGUGGCGCCGCAUUCAGUUGCGUGUGUUUGCAUAGCGAUCGUAAUCCGGCCGAACGAAAAGCUAAUCUGCAAAAGUUCAAAAAUACUGUCAUUGAGUAUAAUCUGCGACCAUGCAGCUUGCUUCAUCGGAUCAAACGAGUCGUUGAUGCCAGCCCCGAUAAACUAACCGACUCUUAUGAAGGACAUCAUCUGAAUUGA